AUGAGGAGGCCGCUCUUCCCUCUUUUGGCCCUCAUCACAAUCUGCCCUCUGCACGCCAUCGAUGACAAAUGCAGUGGAAUUUGUGGGCGGCGUCCCUUGGCAACCAGCCACAGCAUUCAGGUGGUAGGAGACAUCGAAACCCUGCCAGGUUCCUGGCCCUGGAUGGUCAGCAUUCGGACACCGUUCAGGUCAGGCUAUCAGCAUACAUGCGGAGGGUCGCUGAUCAGCACCAAAUGGAUUCUCACGGCGGCCCACUGCUUCAAAGAUAAGAGGCACCUCACGAAUUGGGAGCUGGUGCUUGGGGCCGCCAAGCUCUCCCGGCCCGGUCCCGACGCUGAGGUGCGCUUCCCCAAGAGAGUGGUGGAGCAUGAGCACUACCAGCCCCACCACCAAAUCAAUGACAUCGCCCUGGUGGAGCUGGACGACCCCAUCAUGUGCAAUGACUACAUCCAACCGGCCUGCCUGCUAGACAGCUCUGUGGAGAUCUCGGCCAUGGCCCACUGCUACAUCGCGGGAUGGGGCUCCACGCAAGAGAAAUCUGAGGCUCCGUCUGACAUCCUGAAGGAGGCCAAGGUGGAUCUCGUAUCCCUAGAGAAGUGCAACAGCAGCAACUGGUACUUUGGAAGCAUCACAGUCAACAACCUGUGUGCAGGGUUUGAGGGAGGAGGCAUCGACACUUGCCAGGGAGACAGUGGGGGGCCCCUCAUGUGCAGAGAAGAGCGGUCAGAGCGCUACUGGGUGGUUGGAGUCACCAGCUGGGGACUGGGCUGUGCCAGAGCUCAGAAGCCUGGGGUCUACACUUCCACCCAGCUCUUCUAUGACUGGAUCCAGGGCUACACAAAAAUGCCCCUCCAGAAGACCACCACCCCGACACCUGAACCAACAACCCAAACGCAGACAACAUCCAGUCCAUCAACGCAAACACAGACCACAUCGGAAUCAUCCACCCAAACGCAGACCACAUCCAAAGUCACGACAAAGCGGCCACCGCUCCAACCAAAACCAGUGACACAGACGUCACCCCAACCAGAGACAUCGUCUCCAGCACCAUCAACAUCCUCGAAACCAGAGCCGCAGCCUUUGCCCCUCCAACCACGACCGGUGUCAUUGCUGCAAUAUGCAUUGGGGCUGCCACUUGAACCUGAACUAGAGACUCAGACCAAGGCCACUUCGACAGCUACAACCACCACAACAAGAAGAACAACUUUCCAGGCCCCACGUCGAAAACCCCGGAGGCGUACAAAAACGAUUAUAUCCAGCGCCCACUACUCCAGCAGCUGGAACCAAGGAUGGCCCAAUAAUCGGGCAAAGCCCAAGUCACAAACCUAA